UUGCGGUAUACCUUAAUUUGCUCUCUCUUCCAUCUUUCUUCACCACACUUUCAGAGACAGGGAGAUAGAGAGAUGGGCGCUGUUGCAGCUCAUGGAGAGGAUGGCAAGGUCUCACAGCAAGGAGCCGAUCACCAGCUAAAGGACCUUGAUGCCGGUGCCCUUUUUGUUCUCAAAUCCAAAGGAUCAUGGCUGCAUUGUGGUUACCACCUAACAACAUCAAUUGUCGCACCACCUCUUCUUAGUCUGCCCUUCGCUUUCACAUUUCUUGGGUGGGCGGCCGGAGUUGCAUUCUUGCUGAUCGGAGCUCUGGUCACUUUCUAUUCAUACAACUUGUUGUCUUUAGUUCUUGAACACCAUGCUCAAAAGGGUAAUCGCCAACUUCGGUUCAGGGAUAUGGCCAACCAAAUACUGGGGCGAAAAUGGGGCAAGUAUUUUGUGGGUCCAAUUCAAUUCAUGGUGUGCUAUGGUGCUGUUGUUGCUUGUACUCUUCUUGGAGGACAAUGCAUGAAGACAAUUUAUUUAAUGUCAAAGCCAGAAGGGCCAAUGAAGCUUUAUGAAUUUAUAAUCAUAUUUGGGUGCUUAAUGUUGAUAUUAGCUCAAAUCCCAUCUUUUCAUUCGUUAAGGAACAUCAACUUGGUAUCCCUGGUUCUAACCCUAGCUUAUAGUGCCUGUGCCACUGGUGGUUCAAUUCAUAUUGGAACUUCAUUCAAGGAACCAAAGGACUAUUCUCUGCAUGGAGACACACAAGAUCGCCUUUUCGGUAUCUUUAAUGCCAUUGCUAUCAUUGCCACAUCAUACGGCAAUGGGAUCAUCCCAGAAAUCCAGGCAACAGUAGCACCGCCUGUGAAAGGGAAGAUGUUCAAGGGAUUAUGUAUUUGCUAUACUGUACUUUCUCUUACCUUCUUUAGUGUUGCCAUCUCUGGUUAUUGGGCAUUUGGCAACAAUUCUGAACCUCUAGUAAUUAGCAACUUCUUAGCUGAUGGGCAAACUUUGGUGCCUAAAUGGUUUGUUUUGAUGGUCAACAUCUUCAUCAUUCUCCAACUAUCAGCAGUAGCUGUGGUUUACUUGCAGCCUACAAAUGAAGUACUCGAAAACACCUUUUCAGACCCGAAGCGAAAAGAAUUCUCUGCUCGAAAUGUAAUCCCCAGAGCAGUCUCAAGGUCAAUGUCUGUCAUCAUAGCAACUACAAUAGCAGCAAUGCUUCCAUUCUUUGGAGAUAUCAAUUCAUUGAUUGGUGCUUUUGGUUUCAUCCCUCUAGACUUUGUCUUGCCUGUUGUUUUCUUCAACUUGACAUUCAAGCCAUCGAAGAGGAGCAUUGUUUUCUGGUUGAAUGUCACUAUUGCAGUAGUUUUCUCAGCAGUAGGGGUUAUAGCAGCGGUUGCAGCGGUAAGACAAAUAGGUCUUGAUGCCAAAACUUAUAGGUUAUUUGCUAAUGUUUGAUUAGAUUAAAUGGCAUAUGGGCUCACAUUAUUAGUAGCAAAUGUAUAUCUUGAUACUCUUCUUUAUGAUUAAUAUAGAGCCUUCUCAGCUCCCAAAGCAAGGAACUAA